GACGCGACACGCCAGCCUCACGCCACCGCGCCGUGAGUGCGCAGGCGCGCCGGUCGCUCUCUUUUCUGCUCUUCCUUCUGUCCGUCUCCACACGUCAGCGGCUGUUGGGUCCUAUGUCGCGCCGGGCCCUCCGGAGGCUGCGGGGGGAACAGCGCGGCCAGGAGCCCCUCGGGCCUGGCGCCCUGCAGUUUGUCCUCCAUGAUGACGAUGAUGCGGAAGAAGAAGGCCCAAAGCGGGGACCAGGUGGCCGGCGCCCCCGGGGCCGGCCAGGGGAAGGCGCCCUGUGCCGGCGCACACCAGGCACUCCGCAGCUGUGGCGAGUGGGUGAGGGAGGAGCAGUAGGCCUGAAGAUCCUGGAGAGACUAGCUGCCCUUUCUAACACCCUUGCCGACCCCCAUCUCUGCUUCCAGAUAAACGUUGAGGACCUGGAGGAGGGCCCAGUGGUGAACGGGGAGCGGCCGGAUUGUCUGCUCACAGAGGCGGGGACUUCAGGGAACAAGAGGAGGUCCCAGAGUAGAAGCACAGAGACCAAGAGAGACGGCGAAGUGGCGGACAAGGAGGGGCCCCCGGAGCAGUCUAACGCAGCCGGGAAGCUCCGCAAGAAGAAAAGGAAACAGAAAAACAAGAAAACCGCUGCAGGAGAGGCCAUGGAAAACGGCCUGGAGGACAUCGACCGCAUCUUGGAGAGGAUUGAGGACGGCAGUGGCUCGAGCCACCCGGGCCCGCCUCCCCUGAGCACAAAGAGACACGUGCUGUACGUGGAGCACAGGCACUUGAAUCCAGACACAGAACUGAAAAGGUAUUUUGGUGCUCGAGCAGUCCUGGGGGAGCAGAGGCCGCGGCAGAGACAGCGUGUGUACCCCAAGUGUACGUGGCUGACCACCCCGAAGAGUGCCUGGCCCCGGUACACCAAGCCAGGUCUGUCGAUGCGGCUGCUGGAGUCCAAGAAAGGCCGCUCCUCCUUUGCCUUCGAGCACAGCGAGGAGUACCAGCAGACGCAGCACAAGUUCCUCGCUGCCGUCGAGUCCAUGGAGCCGAACAACAUCGUGGUGCUGCUGCAGACGAGCCCCUACCACGUGGACUCGCUCCUGCAGCUCAGCGACGCCUGCCGCUUCCAGGAGGACCAGGAGAUGGCUCGGGACCUCGUGGAGAGAGCGCUGUACAGCAUGGAGUGUGCCUUCCACCCCCUGUUCAGCCUCACCAGCGGGACCUGCCGGCUGGAUUACCGCAGACCUGAGAACAGGAGCUUUUACCUGGCCCUCUACAAGCAGAUGAGCUUCCUGGAGAAGCGGGGCUGCCCACGCACGGCGCUGGAGUACUGUAAGCUCAUCCUGAGCCUGGAGCCGGACGAGGACCCUCUGUGCAUGUUGCUGCUGGUCGACCACCUGGCACUACGGGCGAGGAGCUACGAGUACCUGAUCCGCCUCUCCCAGGAGUGGGAGGCUCAUCGCAACCUGUCCCAGCUCCCAAAUUUCGCCUUCUCUGUGCCGUUGGCGUAUUUCCUGCUGAGUCAGCAGGCAGACCUCGCAGAGCAGGAGCUGAGCUCCACAAGGGAGAAGGCGUCUCUCCUGAUCCAGCAGGCGCUGACCAUGUUCCCUGGAGCGCUCAUGCCCCUGCUCGAGUACUGCAGCGUGCGGCCCGACGCCGCUGUGGCCGGCCACCGCUUCUUUGGACCUGAUGCUGAGAUAAGCCAGCCCCCUGCCCUGAGCCAGCUGGUGAGCCUGUACCUUGGGAGGUCACACUCCCUCUGGAAGGAGCCCGCCACCAUGAGCUGGCUGGAGGAGAAUGUCCACAAGGUCCUACAGGCGGUGGAUGCUGGGGACCCUGCCGUGGAGGCGUGUGAGAGCAGGCGCAAAGUGCUGUACCAGUGCGCGCCCAGGAACAUCCACCGCCACGUGGUCCUCUCCGAGAUCAAGGAAGCUGUUGCCGCCCUGCCUCCGGAUGUGACCACACAGUCGGUGCUGGGAUUUGACCCUCUGCCUCCUCUGGACACCAUCUACUCCUACGUCAGACCCGAGAGAGUCAGCCCUGUCAGCCACGGAAGUACCAUCGCCCUCUUCUUUCGGUCCUUGUUGCCAAACUACACCAUGGAGGGGGAGAGGCCAGAGGACGGCGGGGCUGGUCCGAACCACAACCAAGGCCUGAACAGGCUGAUGCUGGCCGUGCGGGACAUGAUGGCCAACUUCCACUUCCACGAGCUGGAGGUGCCGCUCGAGGACAACCCUGAGGGCGACGGGGAGUGGGACUGAGGGCCCGAGGUGGGGCAGAUGCCCCCAACGCUGUGCAAUUAUGUUCCUGAUUCUGCCUGGUCGGAAUUGGCCAAGUCCCUGAAGUGGACGUGCUGACUCACGGUCCGCCUGCCUCUUUCUCCUAUAAACGUGAACAGGUUGUCUCUGC